AGAGGAUUUCAACCAGAGGAAAAGGCGAAAUCAUGAAGGAUAUAUUCUCAGGGACAGCUAAAAGAAAUGCAGCCAUAAAUCCGAGUCGGAAAAGAAGCUAUAAGUAUCUCCCGGUAUAAGGAAAGUAUCAAAGUAAACUCGAUGAUGAAGAGGCAAGUGAAAUCGUGAAAUCAUGAACAGAAAUUCCCACAAUUUCACACUCUUACCUGGUGCUCGCCGAUCUGUCGCAAGAGCUCAUGAUACCCAUAGUGGCUACGAUGAGGCGCCUCACUUUUACCGAUCUCGUUCUGCCCAAUCUACUCCUGAUUACAGGAUUUUAGGCGUGCAAGAUACCCCAAGGUUGAUGGGAGACAGAACACUUUCAGGACUCAAUCGCACACCCAGUUUUCCAGCACAACCACAUCUCAGACAACAAAUGAAUGGAUCCAAUGGAGGCAUGAGAAGGGGGUUGAACCCCGUGUUCGGGGAGAUUGUCCAGCAGUCGCCUCCAAGAACCGCAGAAAAUCCCAAUUCAGCAGUUUUGAGCAAGCUUAAGAAAGAAAUAUACGAGCCCCCAAAGAUUUUACCGAAGAGAGUGAGUCUGUGUUAUAAAGACAGUGUUGCGAAUGCUUUAAAAGAGAGAGAUAGGGAAAAGCAAGAACGUCGCAAGAGGUGUGCUAUUUGCUUGGAAGAUUUUGAACCUCGUGAGGAAGUGAUGCUCACACCAUGCAAACAUGUGUUUCAUGAGGAUUGUAUUGUUCCAUGGCUAAGAAGCAAAGGCCAGUGCCCUGUUUGUAGAUUUGUGAUUUGUGAGGAGAUGAAUGAGCACGCUUCAUCCUUCAACGACGAUAUUGCCAUGCUGGGACCCAAUGACCACCUAAUUGCAGCCGAGCUUCUGUCAAUUUUUGGAGCCAUGGAACAAGCUCUCGAAAUGGGCGGUUGAGCUCAGUAAAAUGAGAGUUAUAACACAAACUAGAUAAUAUUUGAGACUCAGUCGUAAGUAAUUACUGUCAGAUUUGUACAAGUUCUUUGCCUUUUUUGUAGCCUAGUCUUUGCGAGGGCGAUAGUUUCCAAACUAAAAGCUAUCGGAUAAAGUAACUCACCACAGUGAACUUGAUCCUUGGUUGGAGUAACAGCUCCUUUUUGUCUCCAGUCCACGGAAGUGGGAAUAUCAGUGACGUUUUCGUACUUAAAGUGAUGAUAUUGUUGACGAUGUUGUAUUCAGCUCGUGGGAUUUCUUGUUGAUUCCAUUGCGAGAAGCCUUAACUUCUUUAUUUGUUUGGUCAGCCAAGUGAUUGAUGCCGAGCUAGUAUGUUUUAUUCUCAGCAGCAUUAAAUGAUUCAGUGAACUCCACAUUGUCCUUAAA